UUCACUUAUAAAUUAUCAACCAUGACAGACGAGAAGAAAAGUUUUGAAGAAAAUGUGCGGGACAAUAAUGGGAAAGACUGGUUUCAAAUUUUAGUUAUUAUAACAGGCUCUAUUUCGAUGUUAAAUAGUGGUCUAAGUUACUAUUGGACAUCUCCAUUUAUACCAAAAAUAGUGGCAGAGAAAGAAAAAUACAACAUAACAGAAGAACAAGCUUCAUAUUUUGCAGUAUGUAACCUGAUUACUCUGACAAUUGGAUCGCUUUUCUUCACUCCCAUCGUUCAAUGGCUUGGUAGAAAAAAAUCACUUUUACUAUCCUCGAUACCAUAUUUUCUAUGUUGGCUGAUAAAAGCUUUUGCAACCAAUCUCUGGUUACUAUACGGUGCUAGACUUUUGUCGGGACUCGGUGACGCUAUCGUCUCCUCCCACGGUUUCGUUUACGUGGGAGAAGUAGCAAGUCCUAAGAUAAGAAACAUUUGGGGUAACGUUCCGAUGUGUUUUAUGUUUCUAGGUCAAUUGGGCAUAAAUGUUUUGGGUUUGUAUUUCAAUAUCCAAACUACCUCGUAUAUUUGUAUAUGCGUAUUGAUUCUUUUCACCAUUACAUUCCCAUUUAUGCCCGAAACUCCUUAUUUUUAUAUAAACAGAGGUCAAUACGAAGAAGCUAAAAUAACUUUGAGAAAACUCAGACGCAAACAAAACAUCGAUGAAGAAUUUGAACAAAUUAGAAUGUCGAUUACAAAACAGCAAGAGAAAACCAGCAGCUCUUGGAUUGAUUUGAUUACGGUCGUAGCUCACCGAAGAGCUUUAGUAGCUGCUGUAUUUCUGAGAUUUUCUCAAAUAUUUUCGGGGUUAUUUGUAUUUGGGUCGUAUACUCAAUUCAUUUUUCAAAAAGUUGGUACAAAUAUGAGCCCCGAAUAUUCGACAAUUAUCUACACGGCUGUAAAUUUCGUUUUAUAUACUUUCGGAGCAUAUUUCUCUAGUAAACUAGGGAGGAGAAAAUCUCUUAUAUAUUCUCUUGUUCUAUGUGGAUUCAACGUAUUGGCAGAGUCGAUAUUUUUCUUUGUUGAAUCCAACUUUCCGGAUCUGGAUUUAUCUUCCGUACAAUUAUUUCCCUUGCUUGGUAUGUUGUUGUUUUUGGUAUUUUCAUGCUUUGGUGUUGGGCUAGUACCACCUUUGAUGCUUACGGAAUUAUUUUCCUCCAAUAUAGCCGCUGAAGGAUGCGCAAUUGUGACAGUAUCUUUCGGAUUAUGGAGUGUAGCUGCUAAUAGUAUUUUCUAUUAUCUCAUUAGUUACACUGGAUUAGCAGGACCUUUCUUAUUGUUCGCAAUUUGUAAUUUUGCAUCCGCUAUUGUAACUUAUUAUAUUAUACCCGAAACUAGGAACAAAACAUUAGCAGAAAUUCAACAAACUUUGAUAAGCGGUAUCAAUUAAAAAAAAUUAAAUGUUGUAUCUAACCUUAAUCACGGAAUUGUUUGUUUUCGUACAAACAUGAUUACGUUGUUGAAUAUUUGACAUUCGAUAUGAAUGUGUAGAACAUUGGUUUUACAUAGGGUUACACACAUUUGUUUUUAUCUGUUAUACCCACAAUUAUUAUUCUAAUUACUAUAUAUAUAUAUAGUACAGUCAUCUGGUAGUUUUACCUGGAAAAAAUUCCGAGAGUUUUGAAAAUGAGUAGUUUCAUAGAUUUUGAUAUGCUUACGAUAGAAAUAUCUAUCUACAUAAUUAAACCAGAAAAAAUUUCCUCCAUAAAAUGGAUAAUUUUCGCGUAAAAUCGUCUGUUAUAGGCGUUUUCCGAAAUAAUUCUUCUCUACGUUGAGGAAGAGUCAACGGUACAUUGAGCAACGAUUAAGUAACGAUUCAGACGUUACAAAUUCAUUGUUAGUUUCUUCUUCGUUUUAAAUUUCAUCAUUUUGUACAUUGAAAACUGUUUAUCUUUCGCAAUCAAUUUUCGCAAUCAACAUCCAAGUAAUUUGAAUUAUAAUAAUUUUAUACCGGUUUUUUUGCAUUAACAGACUUCUUAACAACUUUUUUUACAUUUAAAAUACAGUUUAGUAAUAAGGAGGUGACAUUAUUGUACUGUUUUCUACAUACUACGUGAACUACUAUGCACGCUAGUCCUUCAAAAAUAUCACUUUCCGUUUUACAAUCUACUUACGAAAAGUUUGUAAUCCUUGACUUUAUAAACGCUAAUGACACUUUAAAACGUUCAGUGAUGACUAUUACCAAAUAUUCUAAAGAGUUCUUUACGCAAAUAUUAUGUGGAAAAAACAGAGGAGCCCAAUAUAUUAACUUAUACAUACCGUAUGUACCUACCUACCAUACUAUGAAAAAAUUUGUUACUGCGAAUGAAUGGGAUACUGUACUUACCAUAUCUCGAGGUAGUUCAUCAAAAAGUUAUUCAGUAACAACAUGAACUCAAUAAUUUUACGCAAAAAAUUAUAAUAGAUUUUCUUUAGCUUAACUUUGUGAAUAGAUUUUUCUAUCUUAAAACAAGUGAGAUAGAAGUUAUCGUUAAAAGAUUGCUUUUGGACGCCAUUUUUUCAAUAUGGUGGCAUAGAUACGACAUGGCAAAUUGGAAAUUCGUGAAAACAAAAUCAAAAUUCACCCAUUUUCAAUACUACUGUAAAUUUUUUUUGUAACCCCUUUUUUGACCAAAUGACUAAUAUGUACAUAGAAAAUUAUAAAAAAAUAUUCAUUUAAAUGAUAAACUUACAUGUACAACCCCCAUUCUUCUAAUGAAUACACUGUUUACACCACCACUACACCAACACUCACAACUACACUAUCUGACGCGCGUUUCGAAAGCCAAGUUAUCGUCUUCAGAGACUGAAGGUAAACUAAAAUCUAAUGACUUGACUUACCUAUUUUAAACAAAAUUUUCUCUCAAAUGGAAUUCAUUUUCGCGGGAGAAAGUAUAUUGGUGGGAUAAUUCAGCAUAAAACAGUCAGACAGUGUAAUAAUUUCUUUAUGGAGAAGAAGAUUGAUAGUAACAUUGAAUAAUUGAUGUUGAUCAUUCAAUAGGACGAUGAAGAUAAUUCAUUUAGGAACUAGGAUGUUCUACAGGCAUCUGUUAUAAAAUAUAUAAAAAUUAACGAUAAGAAUCAAAUCAUCAGUUUACAAAAUGUCAGUUUAUAAUUUGAAUUAUUGAUAUUUCCUAAUUUUCUAUGAAUAUCUAUAGUAAUUGAAUAAUAAUUGAACUAAAUUUGAGAUAUUUCAAGGAGUAUAACAGAAUUAUUCAAGAAAAUUCUUCCAUCUUGAGCCAAACAUGAACAUUUUAAUGAUAGCAAGAAUUGAGGAAAUUCAGACAUUCGAAGAUUGUCUUCAUAGGCGGUGUGACUAUCAAAUAACGAAAUUGAGCUAUAAAAUAUUUCAUUUCGAAUCCAUAUAUCGCUUUUCUUUUCUUCACUCCAAUUAACUCCAUUGUUUGAAAUUGGAAACCUACUGUAAGAUCCGUCAGGAUUUAUUCCCCUUUCUCUUUCGUAGCUUUAACCAACUUCUUUCAAUAUAAAUUUAAUUUUAAAAAAACGUCAUGUAUCUAGAUCGGGCGAAUAAAGUGGAUGGGAUACUGUUAUUUUACGUUUCCAAAAAGUUUGUGUCAUUUUAAAUGACAUCUUAGUAAAAAUUUAAUAGCUUCUUGUUGUACAAACGAUUUGAUAUGUUAAAAUUAUCAUGUAGAAAAAUUCGUACAAAUUUUAAAACAAUUCCUACAGUUUUUACAAUACUUAAUUGACGAUUUGUUCGAUUUUCACAAUCCGCCAUAACGUGAAUCGUCUAGAACUUCUUCUCAACCAUGUUGAAUACACUUAGAUAUAAACCUUAUCGCCAUAAACUAUAUUAUUAGCUUUACAUAAAGACUACGGCUAUACUGAUUUAUCUCUAGCAGAACACUACAUUUACAUUUCUUUUAUAGCCCCGUCAAUCUCGUUAUUCAAUAAUCAUACCUCAUGAAUUAUACGCCGAAUGUUUCUUCUUUUAUGAAAGCUUCGUUGAAGUAAAUUUGAUCGAAUGGUCUUCUAAGUCUAGGUGAAAGCUAUGUGAGUGUUUGUAUGUUGAUGAAAGUUCAAGGCUUUGUAGCAGGUUCUAAGUAUGCUCGAUGCGAGUGAGGUCGAGCAAUGCCAAAUAUUCAAAGCUACUAUGCUUGCACGAUGUUGUCAAGCAGCACGGAACAAAAGUUAUUAUUCAUAAAAAUUUAUGAGUUGUUUAUUGGAUCUUUCCAUAGGCUAUCAAUUAUAGUAUUUGUUGAUGUCGCUUUCAUAUAUUUAGCUUGUAUAUGAAACUAAUAUUCCAAUGUGAUAUGUCUAGUAUAUGAUAUAGUAUAAGAUAGUAUGAAGGUCGAGGUUAUUAUUAGUUUGUUGGAAUUCUAUUACUUUUUUCGUGAUGUAGUCAGAAAAAAGUUUAACAGGGUUUUGAUAACGUGAAAUAGUUGUAUUAAUAAUACUCAAUUAGGGAAAAGUUGAUUUCCAAAUAGAAAAUAGUAAAAAACUAUCAGGAAUUUUCCCAAAAAAAAAAGAUUCUAUCAAUGGAAGGGAGUUUUAUUAUUGAAAAUCCACCAAAAAACUUUUUAAAUUAUUAAACAAAUAUUGAUGCUUUUAAAAACAAUUAAAAAUCUGCAAACAUCUUUUUGUUCUCAAUUUUUUCUAAAAAAUACAGGUUUGGUAAUAGAAAUUUAAUAAAAUGAGAAAUACCAGCUUGUUGAAUUGGGAAAAAUGUAACGAAAAUUCAAUUUUCAUAAGGUAAUGGCUGUUUUCAUUAUAUUUUUAAUUUUAAAUUUCGUUAUAAAUAAACCAUUCUUUAUCAUCAUUAUCAUUUUAGUAGUUUUUUUCUAUUAUAUUUUGCAAUAUAAAUUAUUAUAAAUAUUAUUGAUUUCAAAAAAUCAUCAUAAUAGUGUUUAAUAGUCUUUAUUCUUUCCUUGCUUUAAUCUAGGAGUGUCUACAUACUGAUAAUGAGAUAUUUUCUGGCCAUUGGUAUACGGAAAAGAGCCUCAUUUGUAUCAUGAAAGUCGUUUAGUAUCCAAUAUGCAACUCCUUGCUAUUGCUCAAUUGCGAUCCCAUCAGAGAUGUGCCACAAGGAGCACGACAGAUGUAGACUUCUUUGCUUACUUAGCACAUGAACUAGGUAUAUGUCACUCAUAUGACCUACACAAUGGUUGAACUACAACUGUUGAGCACUUGGUUCAAUCAGUAUCCAAUCAAAAUUAUACAUAAAUUAUUCUGUCUACCAACUACUGUAGCAUAAUUACUACAUGUUACAAAGUGUAUAUUUCAAGGCCUGAAAAAUGACAUCAUAAAAGAUAUUAUAAUACUGCUGGGUCUAUAAUUCAAUGGUAAUGGUACAGAAUAUUGGGUUCUAGAAUCAUUUUUGUAUAUUCCUUCAAUUUAUUCAUAAAUUAGUAAGGGUAAAACUUCUUCAAGACGAACUAAUACGAUCUAUCUCCGUAUUAGUGUAGUUUUAGAUCUUUUUAUUGUCAAGAUAUGAAGAAUUUAGCUAAUUUGCUAUUCGAAAAGUAGUUAGUGUCAAAUUGACUGCUAUUAUUUGUGUUAUAUUCAAAUUUCCUUCAAUUUACUUGCUGAUCUACAUACCAAGCGUAAUCGAUUUGGAACAGAAUUGAGGUUAGGUCUACUGAGUCUACUUACUCAUUUCGUAAAGGCGUUUUCACACUAUAAAAUCGUAUCAUGGAGUUUAUUGUCGGUAUUGGGACUAUAUCUUUUUUUGGUGUUUCCGAUCUUCUUAUUUAAUAUUCUAAUAUAAUUUGGAUUGUUAUAUUCUCUUAUUUCUUUACAGUAGUAAUAAUGAUUAUUAUUAACAAUACAGGGUGUCCCACGACGAGCUAAAACUAUCUGUAUAGGGCAAAAUACUUAAUAGUAAAAUCAAGAUAAAUUCGAUGUUUGGGUUUUCGGAUACGAUCUUUUUAACUAAAAUAUUUAACUGUAUUUUUCUUAUUUUAAAUCAAACAUCCUGUAUAUUAAUACAGUUUUGAAAUCUACGUAAAAUUAUAGUAUACUUUUGUGUGAAAACUUUAUUUUAAAAAUGCAUACUUUUUGAGUUAUUAAAUUUUUUGUAAAAAAUUUUACUGUUGAAGACCCUUACAAACUAUUUUUUUUUCCGAGGAUACCCUUAAAGAUAUGGAAAUGGUUUCUAUUCGGUUGCUUUCAGCAAGGUUAGACAUAUUUGAAUAUAUCUUAAAAAAUUUUUCAUUCCAUACAAGGUGUGUAUAAAAAAUGUUCAAAGUUUAACUUCAUAAAUAUCAAAUUUCUUAUAUCUGUAAUUUCUUAGUAAGUUUUAAUUUUUUAUGUAUACUUUUAGUAGGCUUUAUAAUAAAUAACACUCAUUUAACUGUCACUAAUCAAUUGUUGACAGUUUCGAAAAUCGUUAAAAUGGCUCGUUGAAUUAUAAAAAAAUUAAGAGAUUUAAUAUUUAUGAAAUUAAACUUUGAACACUUUUUAUACACACCCUAUAUAAAAUGAAAAAUUUUUCAACAUAGAUUCAAAUACGUUUAAUCUGCUCAAAGUAAACGAACAGAAACCAUUUUCAUAUCUUUAAGGGUAUCUUCGUAAAAAAAUAAUUUAUAAGGGUCUGAAACGGUAAAAUUUUUUACAAAAAAAUUAAUAACUCUGAAAGUAUCCAUUUUGCGAAAAAAGUUUUCAGACAAAAGUAUACUAAAAUUUCAUAUAGAUUUCAAAAAUGUAUUAAUAUAUAGGAUACAACCGGAAGUCGGCCAUCUUUGAAAAUAUUUUAGUUAAAAAGAUCGUAUCCGAAAACCGAAACGUAGAAAUUUUUGCCAUAUACAGAUAACUUUAACUCGUGGUGGGAUAUCCUGUAUAUUUACCAAUAAAUAGAAACUAAUCACCAAGUAUUAUGAAAUAAUUGUACUCAAUACUGGGUAUUAUUUCCAAUAUUUUUGAUUUUAAAUUGCAAAAAUUAUUGAAAAAUGUGAUGAAGUGAUUUUUUUUAACUUUUCCAGUUUUUUAUAUUAUUUUUAAAUUUCAUCUAUUUUUUCAAAUUUAUAUCUGGAAUGCGGAAGUAAUGUGAAAAAAGCAUCCUCCUACUUUAUUUUUAAACUGAUUUUUUCCCUAAAUGAAUGCUUUUAGUACUACUAUAUUUCGUUAUCAAAGCUCGGUUGAAAAUGUCCCCUGAUAUGAAAUAUAAAAUUUCUUUAUUUCUACUAAGAUAAUUAUUUCCUCUUAUAAUAGGAUAAUAUUGGAUUGUCUAUCAUUUUCUUUAAACUGUCAUGGUUGAUACGAAUAAGUUGUAGCGCCUAAUAAACAUUUUUCAAUUACAUUUUGUCACAUUAAACAGAGUGAUUCUACAAAAUCUGCCGCAACAGCCACUUUGUUAGAAUGCAAGUCAAUAACACGAAACAUUUAAGAUGAUAAGUUGAACAAUAUGGCGAAAAAGCAGAAAAUGAAUUAUAUGAAUGUGAAAAUUAUGUAAUAUGAAUUUUAUGGAACAAUAAUACAUUUUGUAAUAAAUUUUAAAUCAAC